CCAGCGACAUCAGCUCGUUCACCCUUCGAAGUUCAAUGUGGCUCCGGAGGGACAAAAGUGAUGGCUUCAAGAGAUGUGACAACAUUUACAAGGCGCGGAAAGCGCAAUUUCCAACAGGAACCUGGCUCAUAUAUCCUCCGCAAAUUAUUUGAUGACGUACCGAUCGCCGGCGCCGAUGAUGGUUCCCGUACCGACAUAACAUGCAUCGAGCUAUUAGAAGGGAACUUGUACAUAGGAACAUCAGCCGGUGAAAUAUUACACUUUGUUCUCCUCGCCGGCGAAUCAGACAGUCGGUUUUCCAAACCAAACUUUAUUCUAGCAUCGAGGUUGCAGCCUACUUUCAACCCAUUAUCAAGCUCACCGCAGGGCACGCUUGGCAUACAGCAAAUACUUCUGCUUGAGGAUGUUAAUAAAGCCUGCAUCCUUUGCAAUGGAACACUCUCAUUUUAUUCCCUGCCGGAACUCACUCCGGCUUUUGGAAAUACAAAGGUCUCAAAUUGCGGAUGGGUUGGAGGCUUAGAUCUUAACAAGAGCGGAUCAAGCAACUAUGCGCGAGAUGGGGUGACUGUCAUGGUAUCGAUUAAAAACAGGAUCAGACUUGUGAGGAUCAGCGAAGAACCACGACUUGUAAGGAACAUAGAAUUCUCUGGCUGCCUGGCUACCGUUCGAAGAGAUAACUUUGCUUGUGUAGCGGAUGCGCACUCUUACUCGCUGUUGGAUGUGGAUCAUCAGCAGAAGAUACCACUUUUCCCUAUCUCAUCCCAUGACGGCAGCUCUUUCCAUCAAGAGGAAAGGCUGUCUGACGGCAAAGAUUCCAAAUAUGGCAAUUCCGAAGGUGACUCUGGUGCAGGAGUUUCGACUCCAAUGGGUAGCGCAUCAUCUAGAAUAUCUAGAACUGAAUCGCCAAGUAAAUGGGAGCCCAAGGCCGUACCCGAGGAGAGGGGUAGUCAAGAAGGGACGACAAGCAACAAAACAGUAGCUCCAGGGUCAUCGCAAGCCUCGUCGAACCUAGACGGCUCAAAGGCGCAGAAAAGCAAUACUUAUGAUCGUUUGGCGGCGCAUGGAACUGCUAGGUCUACUGUUGCACUAGAAUCAAAGGAAUCGUCUUCCCGAACUCUAGAAGGAGCUCAUCAAAGUACUCCACAGGCAAAUUCCUUGCGGCCUCAUAUUCUCUCUCCCACAUCAACAGAAUUUUUGCUCACGACGGGCACGAACCCGCUAGAGCCAGGAGUAGGGAUGUUCGUCAAUCUUGACGGCGACGUGGUUCGGGGGACACUAGAAUUCAGCAGGUACCCUGAAGGGAUUGCUUUAGAUGGUCGAGGAAUUAAUCCAAUUUCUGGCGUGACCGGAGACAUCGGCGACGAAGGUUACGUGCUGGCGGUCAUGGGGUGCGAUUCUUCGUCCGGAAAUGAAGCGGGGUUAGAGAUCCAAAGAUGGGAUGUAGGCCCCGGCGAAGGGGGAGGAAAGAGGGAAUGGAUCUCAAUGAAAGAGCAUUUCGAAAGCUCACGGAAACAGACCACUCCUCGCGGACCCGCCGUGGGUAUCAGGCGGACAACCGGUCGUUGUAAUGUUUUUCUCGAAGAGCUUCGGGAGAAAAUGCAGUUGGCACCAAUCCGCAUCAAUGAACUAUAUACAAGCACGGAAAAUUGCGAAGUUCCACUGUUAACCAGUGCUAAGCAAAGAGACUCCCUGUCUUCUGACGUUCAACCAUCCAUCUAUGGACGGACCAGCCCCCAUCAAGGUCACCCAAAGUUUAUUGAUCAGGGUCCUACAGAUGACCUGGAAUCUUUGCGCAACGAGGAAGAACGACAGUUUAUCGAUAGAAUAAGUUACAUUGACUGUCAAACGGUUCUCUGGGCAGGGGACAAGGCGUGGUGGGUUUUUCGAAACCCGCUGGCGAUUCGACUUGAUUCAUUAUUGGAAAAAACCAUUCCAGCAUCGAAAAGCGCCAGUUCCACAGAAUUCGUGGACAUAGAAGCAGUUGCUCAGAUAUUGAAUAAUAUUCGGGAUCAAGAACCAAAGACCGAAUUGGAUUUCUUGAGCCUAAACUACGUCAAACAAAAGGCUGGCUUGCUACUGUUAACUGACAUGAUCUCAAGGGUUAUGUCUGGAGUCGAAGUAGGAGACGAUUACCGAAAGAUGACAGAGGAAGCGCUAGUUGAAGGCAAUGUCGAUCCGAGAAUUGUCCUGUCUCUGAUACCUGGCCUGCGAGAACAUAUUGUCCAGGGCGAAAGAGGCAUCUGGGCCUUCUCCGGCGUUAAGGAAAUCAUUAUAGAAUUUCUGGCCGAUUUGAAAUCCGCGGAUGUCUUAAUACUUUCCAAAGUAACCUCCGACUUCAAGCUUCUACAUCUUUUGAAACAAUACCUGUCAAUCUGGAGGAAGAAGAAGGGCUUUGGAAGCGUAACUGACGAGAAUGAGAUAUCUCAGACAGUGGAUUCUGGUCUUCUUCACGUUCUCCUUAUUUUGGACCAGCAAAGUCCUAAAGGUCCUGCAACUCCAUUGUCGUUGCGUGCCGAUUUGAACAAUUUUGUUGAUCAAGGAGUUGAAUGCAUUCAGAGCGCAGCCGCAUUGAUAGAACGUUACCAUCGCCUGUACGUACUCAGCAGGCUGUAUCAGAGUCGAAAAAUGGCAGGUGAAGUGCUGCAGACAUGGAGACGCAUUUUAGAGGGCGAACCUGACUAUGGAGGAGAGUUCAUUGGCGGGUAUUACGAAAUGCGAAAAUAUCUUCUUAGGAUAAGAGACUCCUCUUUGGUCAAAGAAUAUGCUCUUUGGUUGGCCCGGCGGGACGCGCAACUGGGGGUUUCUGUUUUUACAGACUCCACCAGUAGAGUCAAAUUCGAAGCCGUCCAGGUGAUUGACGCACUAAAGAGUGGGGCUCCGAAUGCUAUGAUAGAUUACUUAGAGUAUCUUGUCUUUGUUGACCACGACACAAUGUAUGCGAAUGACCUGAUACUCUACUACACUGAUACUAUCAUUGGGAUAUUAAACAGUUCGGACACUAUGCGCUCGGUCGUCGUGGAGUCUUAUGAAGCCUAUAAGGCGUUACAUUAUCCAAGACCGACUUACCGGCAGUUUAUCGAGGAAAACUUCAUUCAAGAAGAGUGGUGCCGGAAUCGACUAAGGCUUCUCCAACUUCUUGGGGGCACAGAGGGUUUGAUUAUUGACUAUGAUGUCUCAACGGUCAUGGCAAAAAUUGAACCUUUAAAACAGGUGCUCGUGCCCGAAAUGAUCAUCCUUGACUGUCGCCAGGGUCGUCAUCAGCAAGCUUUGCGGCUUCUAACUCACACAUUAGGAGACUAUGAUAGCGCAGUGCAUUAUUGUUUAGUGGGAGGCUCCAGCAUGUUUCGUCGUCGGCCGUUGGAUGCUACGGCGUCACAAUUUUCGCAACAGGAGCAAUCUGCUCUAUUCAGCUACCUUUUGACUGAGAUGCUUCAGAUACAAGACAUAACAGAAAGAAUUGAACGGACUGGAGAACUACUUGAUCGCUUCGGGAAAUGGUUUGAUGUACAUCUGGUUUUAACCAUGAUUCCUGAAUCUUGGUCCAUUGACAUCCUUUCAGGGUUCCUGGUUAGCGCACUGCAACAAUUGGUCACUGAGAGGAAUGAGACCCUGGUCACGAAAGCUUUGAGUGCGGCGGAGAAUCUACGAGCAGCUGCUGAAUAUAUAGCAAAUUGUAAAGUAGCCGGGCCAAUUGUUGAGGAAGCGAGCUGAGGAAUUUAAUUCGAAACCUUAAUCAUACUGUGUUUUCCUUUACUGCGCCAGAGAGUUCCAAUC